AUGUCCAAGAAGGAUGUGGCGUGUUUCUGGAUCGUACUGCUCCUGUGCCAAGAGCUACGGACCGACCCGAUCGCAGAGAUGGGACCAUCCUCCAGCAUCCUGAUUCAAGAGACACCAGGGUUCAUCUUAACGGAGAAGAGGAUCCUGACCCGACGUGUGUUCGUCAGCUUGGACCCCAAGAUUUCCAUCGAGAAGGCAUACAACAUUUCAUCGAUGCAGCUUCCUGAGUUACAGACUUGGUACCAGAUGCACCUCCAAAGAGCACAGGACCGUGUGCAAAACAUCUUGGAGCAAGCCCGGAAACCAUUUGUAUCCAGUUCUAUUCCGAUGAGCAACCGACCCAAAAGGUUCCUCACCGCUAUAAUUGUUGCAUUAGUUUGUGCCACUGUCGGUGCAGUUGUCGCAACUGGAAUGUCUGCAGCCAACUCUAUUACUGUCCAAAAGCUGGAUAUGGAAAUCUAUGCGCUAAAGCAACACAUUAACGAUAUUCAUCAGGUGAUACAACAGCAAAGAACACUUCUCCAAGACGUGUUAACUAUUGUGGAAGACACAGUUGUUACAACAAAUUUGCAUUCGGAGUUAAUUGCCAAAUCCACUGAGCUGCACCAAAGUCAUGACUUAUUUAAGCGUGAACUUCUAUUUCUGCAUGACCCAAUAUUGUUCCACACACUUGCUUUUCUUGACGAAGUGCAAACUGGAAUGAUCGAAUUGGCAGGGGGACGCAUACCUCUGUAUUUUGUAUCCAAGGAUAUUGUUCAUGCGAUGCUUGCCAAUGUGGAUGGAGAAACAAUUGAGCCUAUGCAAUUAAAUCUGGCAUUUGAGAUGGGGAGCGCUAUACCUCUCUUAAUUGAUCCGGAACGUAUGGAGAUUUGCUUUUUAUUGGCCAUACCAUAUGUAACUCCCAAGAACAUUUUUCAAAUGAAAACAAUGUACUAUGAUAAUAAUGAUAUUAUGGUUGAUUGUACUAAGUGUAAAGUUCAAAACUAUUACAGGUACAAAUAUAUACAAAAAUGUUCAUUCCACGCACGGGCCUAUGUUAGAAAUGAUGUGAUUGCACAAUAUGUCUGGUAACUUCUAUAGUGCUUAUUCAUAAGCUAAAUUAAUUUUGGCUACGAAAUGCACUAAAGGGGGGUUAUGUCAGGGUAUUUAUAUCGGCAGACAUCUUGUGCUAUGAUAGAAAUUAAAAGUGUAUAUUCUGAGUCACUCUGAACAGAGCAGACUCCAUUUUGUUAUUUUCAAAUUAACAAAGAGACACACGAUUUCUAUCUGUAAAACUAACCAUUUUGCCAGAGC